AUGUCGCAGGUGUUUAGAAAGCAGCUCUGGAAACAAAUUGUUUCCAAGGUCAUUCAGCAAAAGUUGAAAGAGGAGCGUGAAGCUAAGCGGGCUCACCUGGAUGGAAGGCAUGACUACAUCCUCAGCAUCGUGGCUUCAUGUCUGGGAUUGGAGAAGGCUGAUGUGGAAGAUGCCAUACUUGAGGGGAAUCAGAUUGAGCGCAUGGAGCAAUUCUUUGUUGCUGGUGGUCUUCCACACCUCAUGUUUUACUACCAAGCCACAGAGCAAAACGAAGCAGCAACAGCUGCAUCCUCUGCCUCCACACAGCUGGUUUCCCAGCAGCCCGGUCACAGCAAGAAGUCCAAAGUGUUUGUAACAGACGGGAGGGACGUGGCACUGACCGGAGUGUGUGUCUUCUUCACCAGAGCCAACACUUCGAAGGCAAUUACCUCUGAGAACAUACACAGAGAUGUGAAUUUCAACAUGUUGGACACAACAGAAGUAGGCCUGUUAAAGAGUGUGGAGCAGUUGCUCUCUGAGAUUUUUAUCCCCACGCUGAGGAAGAUGAACCAUGGCUGGGGGGAGCUAGCCCAGGCCCCAGCUGUCAAAGACGACUUCAUAUCCUCAUUGGAAAGCUUUGUGUCCGUCUUGGCUGGAGCACAGGAGAGUCUGCAAGAAAAGGUUACCUUGAAAGAGUGCGACACAUUUGACUUGCGGGUGCUGAAAGGCCCAUCCGACUACAUGGCAGCAGCCAACAGCACAGAGACCAUCGAAAAGAUAGAGGCCUGCAUGAAAGUGUGGAUCAAACAAAUAGAACAGGUUCUGGCUGAGAGUGACCAGCUUAGAAAGGAGGCCGAUGAUCUCGGUCCUCGGGCUGAGCUGGACCACUGGAAGAAACGAAUGUCCCGCUUCAACUACCUCCUGGACCAGCUGAAGAGCCCUGCUGUCAAGGCUGUGCUGGGUGUGCUGUUGAUGGCCAAAUCUAAGCUGAUAAAGUCAUGGCGGGAGCUGGACAUUAGGAUCACUGAUGCAGCCAAUGAGGCCAAAGACAAUGUCAAGUACCUCUACAGCCUGGAGAAGUUUUGUGACCCUCUCUACAACAGUGGUCCUGUGUCAAUGGUGGAUGCAAUCCCAGGUCUGAUUCAUGCCAUCAGGAUGAUUCACAGUAUUUCUCGCCAUUACAACACAUCAGAAAAGAUUACGUCACUUUUUGUUAAGGUGACAAACCAGAUGAUCACAGCCUGCAAAGCCUACAUCACCAAUAAUGGCUCUAAUUCAAUAUGGGACCAACCUCAGGAAGUUGUUGCAGACAGAAUCAAAGCUGCAAUACACCUAAACCAGGAGUACCAGCGCUGUUUUCAUAAAACCAAAAAGAAACUGGAAGAGACUCCCUCAGAGAGACAGUUUGACUUCAGUGAGAUGUACAUCUUCGGGAAGUUUGACACAUUCCAGCGACGUCUCAACAAGAUCCUGGAGAUGUUCAGCACCAUUUCCACCUACUCUGCGCUCCAGGACUCUAAGAUAGAGGGACUGGAGACCAUGGCAACCAGAUAUCAGGCUAUUGUGCUGAACAUGAAGAAAAAAAACUACAGUUUCCUAGAUCAGAGAAGAACUGACUUCGAUGUGGACUAUGAGGAAUUCUGCAAAAGCACCUCUGAGCUCCAUAUGGAGGAUGCAAGGGUGGGCUUGCAGGCUUCUCUGCUGGUCCGAUCUCCAGAAACAGGGGAGCUGUUUGUGAACUUUGACCCAGAGGUUCUGACCCAGAUUAGGGAGGUAAACUGCAUGACCAGGAUGAAUUUGGAGAUCCCUCCCUUUGCUGCUCUGCUGCAGCAGAAACAGGACAUCUUCACAAAGAACUACAACAACUUACAGUUAAUGUUGAGUGAGAACACCAGAGUGCGGGCGAAGAUUCAGAGUGUUUUUGAGCAGCUGGCCAUGCCUCAUGUAGCUAAGGUGGAUGAGGCUAUACAGCCAGGUUUGACCUCCCUCAACUGGACAUCUCUGAACACAGACAAGUAUCUCAGCCGCAUUGACAAGGCAUUGGUUGACCUGGAGCUGUUGAUGGACAGAGUGAAUGACUUGGUGGAGUUUAGAAUAGAUGCAGUACUGCAGGAGAUGAGCGUAUCCACACUGUGUGUUCUGCCAGAGGAUGAACCAGUCACCUGUGAGGAGUUUGUUCAAACCACCAGGGACCUGUGCAUAAGACAAGCUCAGAAUCUCCACAUCAAGAGCUCACUGGUAGAGGAGGCUGCUAAUGAGGUGAUCAACAUGCUGCUGGAAUUCGACCACGAUCAGAAAGAGGAGGUGGAGAAGGUUGAGGAAGAAAGCUGCACUGAGAGCAAGGCUAUUGACCACAUUGAUAGUGAAGGUGAAGAUGAGCGUCGCUCAGAGGGCCGUCUCUUCUCUCGAAACACGUUGCUCCUUCCCGCUAGCGUUGGUCCUUCCUCUCCCUUGAUGAGGAAAAAGAAGAAGAGGGAUCUGAUGGAAGUGAUGGAGGAGGAAGCCCAGGAGUUGCUCUCCUACUUCAACCACCGCAACGUGGAUGCCCUGCUCAGAGCAACACGCAACACCCUGGAGAUGCUACGCAAAUGCAUACAUACGUCCUCGCUCAAGCAUUUCUCAGGUUGUGACUUAACCAACCGUGGCAAAAGCAACAGUCAGCAGGCAAUCUUCCGAGUCAGUGUGACCCUCUCCAUCCCUAACAUCGCCAUGGUCCCGGCUCUGGAGGAGGUCCAACAGGCUCUGAACCGAGCUGUAGAGUGUGUGGUCAGUGUGAGCAAAGGGGUCGGCCAGUGGAGCAAAGAGAGGAUCUCUAAGAGAAAAAUGAAUGAAAGACGGAUGGCGGCUCUGAAACAAGACAGUUCUGAGAGUGAAUCAGAGGAUGGAGCAACGACGUACAGGAGCCUGGCUGGUAUAACAUCUGUGAUCCAAGCAAUCCCAUUCCAAGCCAGAAACUACUACAAGAGUGUGUCUGAGAACAAGGAAAUCGUCAAGCUGGUGUCUGUUCUCGGCACCUCCAUUACCUCCACCAAAAAGGAGGUGGUGACUGCUCUAGACCGCUUUAGCCGUUACCAUCACAUCUGGAGGAAGGACCGUGAAGACACCAUGCAGAAAUUCAUCCAGGGGAGUCCCUUACUGUCAGAGUUUGAAAGCCAGAUUAUUUUCUAUCGAGACUUGGAGUUGGAAAUAAACUCAGAACCAGAGUACAUCAUUGUCAGCGCCUUGGCCCUGUUCACAGCUUCCUUAAAAAUGUCCCUCACUGCUGAAACCAAGAACUGGAUGGUGGACUACGGACUCUACUGUAACAGAAAAUACCGCUCAGAGAUGGAGCAGAUCUUUGCUUUUGUUGAUGAAGCAGGAAAGAAACUGAAUCGACAGAUUAAAGACCUGGAUGACAUUCGGAUUGGCAUGGCUGCACUCAAGGAGAUCAGAGAGCGCCAGAUAUCUGUUGAUUUUCUAGUUGGACCCAUAGAGGAGUCCUAUGCCAUGCUUAAUAAAUACGAGCUGUCAGUGGCCAAAGAGGAGGCUGAUAAGGUGGACACCCUGCGUUACACCUGGGAAAAGCUGCUGUCCCGGAGUACAGAGGUGCAGAACGAGCUGGUGUCCUUGCAGCCAAACUUUAGAGGAGAACUGGUUGUCAAUAUGAAGGUCUUUCUGGAAGACUGCCAACACUUUUACCAGGAUUAUGACAAGGAUGGCCCCAUGGUGGUGGGGUUAGCGCCUCAGGAUGCCAGUGACAGACUGAUCAUGUUCCAGAAUCGAUUUGACAAUCUAUUCAGAAAGUAUGUCACUUACACAAGUGGAGAGGAGCUGUUUGGACUUCCUGUUACCCAGCAUCCUCAGCUGCUGGAGAUUAAGAAGCAGCUGACUCUGCUGCAAAAGUUGUAUGGCCUUUACAACAACGUCAUCGAAACAGUCAAUGGUUACUACGAUAUCCUCUGGGCCGACAUCCAUAUCGAGAAGAUCAAUAAUGAGCUGCUAGACUUCCAGACCAGGUGUCGCAAACUGCCUCGUGGUCUGAAGGAGUGGCAGGCCUUCCUGGACCUGAAGAAGACCAUCGAUGAGUUCAGUGAGUGUUGCCCCCUCCUGGAACUCAUGACCAAUAAAGCUAUGAUGACCCGCCACUGGAAGAGAAUCACUGAGGUGACUGGUCAUACCUUUGAGGUGGAAAGUGAUACAUUCAAACUGCGUAACAUUAUGGAGGCUCCUCUGCUUAAGAAUAAAGAGGAGAUUGAGGAUAUCUGUAUCAGUGCUGUGAAAGAGCGGGACAUUGAGCAGAAGCUGAAGCAAGUGAUUGCUGAGUGGGACAACAAGACUUUUACAUUUGCCAGCUUUAAGACCCGUGGAGAGCUGCUGCUAAGAGGAGACAGCACAUCGGAGAUCAUCACCAGCAUGGAAGACAGCCUGAUGAUCCUGGGUUCUCUUAUGAGCAACAGGUAUAACACCCCAUUUAAAGCUCAGAUUCAAAAGUGGGUUCAGAAUCUUUCCAACACCACUGAUAUCAUCGAACACUGGAUGACUGUCCAGAACCUCUGGAUCUACCUGGAAGCUGUGUUUGUGGGUGGAGACAUUGCCAAACAGCUGCCUAAGGAAGCAAAGCGUUUCUCUAACAUUGAUAAGUCCUGGGUGAAGAUCAUGAUGCGAGCCCACGAAAUGCCCAAUGUGGUGCAGUCGUGUGUGGGAGAUGAAACCAUGGGACAGCUGCUUCCUCACCUGCUGGAACAGCUGGAAAUCUGCCAGAAGUCACUUACAGGCUAUUUGGAGAAGAAGCGUCUGCUAUUCCCACGUUUCUUCUUUGUGUCUGACCCUGCCCUGCUGGAGAUCCUGGGCCAGGCCUCUGACUCCCAUACCAUCCAGGCCCACCUUCUUAAUGUUUUCGACAACAUCAAAUGCGUCCGAUUUCAUGACAAGGUAUAUGACCGUAUUCUGGCCGUGUCAUCCCGGGAAGGGGAGACGGUGGAGCUGGAGCGUCCCGUCACAGCAGAAGGGAACGUGGAGGUGUGGCUCAAUGCUCUGCUGAAAGAAUCCCAGAGGUCUUUGCAUAACGUGAUCCGACAGGCGGCUCUGACCAUCCAGGACUCUGACUUCCAGCUCAUUAACUUCCUCAACUCCUUCGCCGCUCAGGUGGGCUUGCUAGGUAUCCAGAUGAUAUGGACGAGGGACUCUGAGGAGGCUCUGACCAAUGCUCGAUAUGAUCGUCGCAUUAUGUCUAAAACCAACCAGCUCUUCCUGGAUCUACUUAACACACUGAUUGACAUGACCACAAGAGACCUCGAAGCUGUCGAGAGGACGAAGUACGAGACCCUCAUCACUAUCCAUGUCCACCAGAGGGACAUAUUUGAUGACCUGUGUCGGUUGCAUAUCAAAAGCCCAAAUGACUUUGAGUGGCUGAAGCAGUGUCGCUUCUACUUCAACGAGGACUCAGACAAGAUGAUCAUCAACAUCACAGACGUGGGUUUCGUCUAUCAGAAUGAAUUUCUGGGCUGCACCGAAAGGCUCGUCAUUACACCUUUGACUGACAGAUGCUACAUCACCUUAGCUCAGGCUCUCGGUAUGAGUAUGGGUGGAGCCCCUGCUGGUCCAGCAGGAACAGGAAAGACUGAGACCACCAAAGACAUGGGUCGCUGUCUGGGAAAGUAUGUUGUGGUCUUCAACUGUUCGGACCAGAUGGAUUUCAGAGGCUUGGGAAGAAUAAUGAAAGGUCUGGCUCAGUCUGGUUCUUGGGGCUGUUUUGACGAGUUUAACCGCAUCGACCUCCCAGUACUGUCCGUGGCAGCCCAGCAGAUUGCGAUUGUUCUCACCUGCAAGAAGGAACGUCGCAAAAACUUUGUCUUCACUGAUGGAGACAAUGUGGAUAUGAACCCAGAGUUUGGCAUCUUUCUUACCAUGAACCCAGGUUAUGCAGGUCGCCAAGAGCUUCCUGAGAACUUGAAGAUCAACUUCCGCUCUGUGGCUAUGAUGGUUCCUGACCGUCAGAUCAUCAUUCGGGUGAAACUGGCCAGUUGUGGGUUUAUUGACAACAUGGAGCUGGCACGCAAGUUCUUCACUCUUUACAAGCUGUGCGAGGAACAACUCUCCAAACAGGUUCACUAUGACUUUGGCCUGAGGAACAUCCUGUCGGUUCUGAGAACACUGGGAGCAGCCAAGCGAGCAAACCCCAGUGACACAGAGUCCACCAUUGUCAUGAGGGUUCUGAGGGAUAUGAACCUUUCCAAACUGAUCGAUGAGGAUGAGCCUCUGUUCCUGAGCUUAAUUGAAGACCUCUUCCCAGGCAUCCAACUUGAUAAAGCUGGCUACCCUGAACUAGAGGCUGCCAUCGACAAACAGGUUGAAGAUGCAGGUCUGAUCAUUCACCCUCCCUGGAAGUUAAAGGUCAUCCAGCUGUUUGAGACUCAGAGGGUCCGACAUGGUAUGAUGGCUCUGGGACCCAGUGGAGCUGGAAAGACAACUUGUAUACACACUCUGAUGAGAGCUAUGACAGAGUGUGGUCAACCUCACAGAGAGCUGCGCAUGAACCCUAAAGCCAUCACAGCACCGCAGAUGUUUGGUCGGCUGGAUGUGGCAACAAACGACUGGACUGAUGGCAUCUUCUCUACACUUUGGAGAAAAACACUAAGAGCCAAGAAAGGAGAGCACAUCUGGUUAGUCCUGGAUGGACCCGUUGAUGCCAUCUGGAUUGAAAACCUGAACUCAGUUUUGGAUGACAACAGAACUCUCACGCUGGCAAAUGGAGACCGAAUACCGAUGGCUCCCAACUGUAAGGUGGUUUUUGAGCCACAUAACAUCGACAACGCCUCUCCAGCCACUGUCUCACGCAAUGGAAUGGUGUUCAUGAGCUCCUCUGUGCUCAACUGGAGUCCUAUACUGGAGGGCUGGUUGAAGAAACGUUCCCCCCAGGAGGCAGAUGUUCUGAGGGAGCUCUUCUCCUCCUCCUUCUCUGACCUCUACCGCUUCAGUGUGCAGUCACUAGAGUUCAAGAUGGACAUGCUGGAGGCCUUUGUUAUCAUGCAGUGCAUAAACAUGCUGCAGGGACUCAUACCACCAAAGGAGCAGUGCGGUGAGUUAUCCAGAGUGCACUUGGAGCGGCUGUAUGUCUUCGCCCUGAUGUGGAGCACCGGAGCCUUACUUGAACUUGACGACCGGAGGAAGCUGGAGAUCUGGCUCAGAGGAAACAACAGUAUCCGUCUAAACUUGCCAGACAUUCCACCUCACAGCGAGGACACCAUGUUUGACUACCAUGUCACAUCAGAUGGUCAUUGGAUCCAUUGGAGCAUCAGCGUGGAGGAAUACGUUUAUCCGUCAGAAAUCACCCCAGAGUACAGCUCCAUCUUGGUACCCAAUGUGGACAAUGUCAGAACAGACUUCUUAAUUCAAACCAUCGCCAAGCAGGGCAAGGCUGUUUUGCUGAUAGGAGAGCAAGGGACAGCAAAAACGGUCAUCAUCAAGGGCUACAUGUCAAAGUACGACCCCGAGACCCACAUAGGAAAGAGUCUCAACUUCUCCUCUGCUACCACACCGCUCAUGUUCCAGAGGACAGUAGAGAGCUACGUGGAUAAGAGGAUGGGAACCACAUAUGGACCCCCUGCUGGGAAGAAAAUGUCCAUUUUUAUAGAUGAUAUCAACAUGCCUGUAAUCAAUGAGUGGGGAGACCAGGUGACUAAUGAGAUUGUCAGGCAGCUGAUGGAGCAGAAUGGAUUCUUUAAUUUGGAGAAACCAGGAGAAUUUACCAACAUUGUGGACGUUCAGUUCCUGGCAGCUAUGAUUCAUCCAGGAGGAGGCCGUAAUGACAUACCGCAGAGACUGAAGAGGCAGUUCUCCAUCUUUAACUGCACCCUGCCCUCCAAUGCUUCCAUAGACAAGAUAUUCGGUGUGAUUGGGGAGGGCCACUUCUGUGCCCGUCGUGGUUUCACGGAGGAGGUUCAGAGCACCGUACCUCGCUUGGUGUCUCUGACCCGCCACCUCUGGCAGCUGACAAAGGUCAAGAUGCUUCCAACUCCUGCAAAGUUCCACUAUAUCUUCAACCUGAGGGAUCUGUCCAGAGUCUGGCAAGGCAUGCUCAGCACCAGCGCCGAGGUGGUUGACUCUGUCCAGGUGCUGCUGUCACUGUGGAAACACGAGUGCAAACGUGUGAUAGCAGAUCGAUUCACCAUGCCCGAUGACGUGGAGUGGUUUGACCAGGCUCUGGCGAAGCUGGUCGAUGAGCAACUUGGCAAGGAGCACAAGAAUAUAGUGGACUAUGGAGUGGACAGAUACUUUGUUGACUUCCUACGGGAUGCCCCUGAAGCUACAGGGGAAGAACCGGAAGAUUCAGACUUUGAUUUGCCAAAGGUGUAUGAGCCUAUUGAAUCCUUUGAGAGUUUAAAAGAACGUCUGAACAUGUUCUUGAGCCAUUACAAUGAGAGCAUCAGGGGCACUGCCAUGGAUAUGGUCUUCUUUCAGGAUGCUAUGAUACAUCUGGUCAAGGUGUCAAGGAUAAUCCGUACAGCUGGAGGUAAUGCCUUGUUGGUGGGUGUUGGAGGUUCUGGCAAACAGAGUCUGACCAGACUGGCCUCAUUCAUAGCUGGAUACAAGAUCUUCCAGAUCACUCUCACGCGCUCAUACAACACAGCCAACCUGAUGGAUGACCUCAAGGGUUUGUACAGAACAGCUGGCCAGCAGGGAAAAGGCGUCAGUUUCAUCUUCACUGAUAAUGAAAUCAAAGAUGAGUCAUUCUUGGAGUACAUGAACAACGUCCUGUCAUCUGGAGAGGUGUCCAACUUGUUUGCUCGUGACGAGAUCGACGAGAUUCUCAGUGAUCUCAUUCCCACUAUGAAACGGGAGUUUCCCAGACGCCCCCCGACCAAUGAAAACCUGUACGAGUACUUCAUGUCACGAGUCCGACACAACCUCCACGUUGUUCUGUGUUUUUCCCCUGUUGGAGAAAAGUUCCGUAACCGAGCGCUGAAGUUUCCAGCAUUGAUUUCUGGGUGCACCAUGGACUGGUUCAGCCGCUGGCCAAAAGAUGCACUUGUUGCAGUUUCCGAGCACUUCUUGUCAGUCUAUGACAUCGACUGCUCAAGCCAGGUCAAGAGUGAGGUGGUCCAGUGCAUGGGCUCCUUCCAGGAUGGUGUGGCAGAAAAGUGUGUGGACUACUUCCAGAGAUACCGGCGCUCCACCCAUGUCACACCCAAGUCCUACCUGUCCUUCAUUCAGGGCUACAAGACCAUCUAUAAGGAGAAGAGGUCUGAAGUCCAGACGCUGGCCAACAGGAUGAAUACUGGUCUCCAAAAGCUGAAGGAGGCAUCUGAGUCUGUAGCAGCUCUCAGCAAAGAGCUAGAGGUGAAGGAAAAAGAGCUACAGGUCGCCAAUGACAAGGCUGAUAAGGUGUUGAAGGAGGUGACGGUAAAAGCCCAGGCAGCAGAGCGAGUGAAGGUAGAGGUACAGAAAGUGAAGGACAAGGCCCAAGCCAUUGUAGACAGCAUUUCAGCCGACAAGGCCAUCGCUGAGGAGAAACUAGAAGCUGCCCGCCCAGCUCUUCAGGAGGCUGAGGCCGCACUGCAGACAAUCAAGCCAUCAGAUAUCGCCACAGUGCGAACACUUGGCCGCCCCCCCCAUCUCAUCAUGCGGAUCAUGGACUGCGUGCUGCUGCUCUUCCAGAGGCGGGUGAACAGCGUGAAGAUCGACCCGGAGAAGAACUGCCACACUCCGUCCUGGCAGGAGUCCCUAAAACUCAUGACAGCUGGGAACUUCCUGGGCAGCUUGCAGCAAUUCCCCAAAGACUCCAUUAAUGAAGAAAUGGUGGAGCUGCUGCAGCCUUAUUUUGAAAUGCCUGACUACAACAUCGAAACAGCUAAGAGGGUGUGUGGCAACGUGGCCGGCCUUGCGUCCUGGACCAAGGCUAUGGCUUCCUUCUUCUCCAUCAACAAGGAGGUCUUGCCCUUAAAGGCGAACUUAGCAGUGCAGCAGAAUCGUCUGGCCAUAGCUAAUGUGGACCUUCAGAAAGCCCAGGCUGAGCUGGACGCCAAGCAGGCAGAGCUGGAUGUGGUACAGGCAGAAUAUGAGAAAGCCAUGAUGGAGAAACAGACACUGCUGGAGGACGCCGAGCGCUGCAGACACAAGAUGCAGACGGCGUCCAGCCUCAUCAGUGGGCUCGCUGGGGAGAAGGAGAGAUGGACAGAGCAGAGCAAAGAGUUUGCUGCUCAAACCAAGCGCCUUGUGGGUGAUGUUCUUCUGGCCACAGCUUUCCUCUCUUACUCUGGCCCAUUCAAUCAGGAGUUUCGGAGUCUCCUACUGAAUGAUUGGCAGCGAGAGCUGAAGCAGCGUUGCAUCCCAUUUGGCAACAACCUCAAUCUGACCGAACUGCUCAUCGAUGCUCCUACUGUUAGUGAGUGGAACCUACAGGGGCUCCCAAAUGAUGACCUGUCUAUUCAUAAUGGCAUCAUUGUGACCAAAGCUGCACGCUUCCCUCUUCUCAUUGACCCACAGACUCAGGGAAAAAUAUGGAUCAAAAACAAAGAGGCCAGGAGCGAACUGCAGAUCACCUCACUGAACCACAAGUACUUCAGGAACCACCUGGAGGACAGUCUGUCUCUCGGUCGCCCCCUUUUGAUCGAGGAUGUCGGGGAGGAGUUGGACCCUGCGCUCGACAACAUCCUUGAGAAAAACUUUAUUAAAACUGGCUCCACUUACAAGGUGAAAGUUGGUGACAAAGAGGUAGAUGUCAUGAAAGGCUUCAGGUUGUAUAUGACCACCAAGCUACCCAACCCGGCGUACACUCCCGAAAUCAGCGCUCGCUCCUCCAUCAUUGACUUCACUGUCACCAUGAGAGGACUAGAGGACCAGCUGCUGGGAAGAGUCAUCCUAACUGAAAAACAGGAACUGGAGAAGGAGAGGACAGACCUCUUGGAAGAUGUGACAUCUAACAAGAGAAAGAUGAAGGAGUUGGAGGACAACCUCCUCUACAGACUGACCAGCACACAGGGUUCACUGGUGGAUGAUGAGAGUCUGAUUCUGGUGCUUAGCAACACAAAGCUCACAGCUGAAGAGGUCACUCAGAAACUGCAGAUUGCCGCUGAGACUGAGAUCCAGAUCAAUGCUGCCAGAGAAGAGUACCGACCAGUGGCCACCAGGGGCAGCAUCCUGUACUUCCUGAUCACUGAGAUGAGUAUGGUGAAUGUCAUGUAUCAGACCUCUCUGAGACAGUUCCUGGGACUGUUUGACCUUUCUCUGGCCAGGUCAUCCAAAAGCCCCAUCACCAGCAAACGGAUCGCCAGCAUCAUAGAGUUCAUGACCUUUGAGGUGUAUAAGUACGCAGCUCGAGGCCUGUAUGAGGAGCACAAGUUCCUCUUCACUUUGCUGCUGACGCUGAAGAUCGACAUGCAGAGCAACAGGGUCAAACACGAGGAGUUUCUCACGCUCAUUAAAGGAGGUGCAUCUCUGGACCUGAAGGCUUGCCCCCAGAAACCAGCUAAAUGGAUCCUCGACAUGACUUGGCUCAACCUUGUAGAGCUCAGUAAACUGUGGCAGUUCUCUGAUAUACUGGAUCAGAUAAGUCGUAAUGAGAAGCAGUGGAAAUUCUGGUUUGAUAAGGAGGCCCCAGAGGAGGCGGUGGUUCCAAACUCCUAUGACCAGGCCCUCGACUGUUUCAGACGGCUGCUUCUCAUACGAUGUUGGUGUCCUGACAGGACCAUCGCACAGGCUCGUAAAUACAUAAUGGAUGCAAUGGGGGAGAAGUACGCUGAAGGGGUGAUUCUGGACUUAGAGAAGAUGUGGGAGGAAUCAGACCCACGAACGCCUCUCAUCUGCUUCCUUUCAAUGGGCUCAGACCCAACCGACUCCAUUAUUGCGCUGGGAAAAAAGAUGAAGUUUGAGACCCGAUACGUCUCGAUGGGACAAGGGCAGGAGGUCCAUGCUCGCAAGCUUCUGCAGCAAUCCAUGGCUAAUGGUGGGUGGGCCUUACUCCAGAACUGCCACCUGGGUCUGGACUUCAUGGACGAGCUGAUGGACACGGUGACCGAGACGGAUUUUGUCAACGACAGCUUCCGCCUUUGGAUGACCACAGAGGUCCACAGACACUUCCCCAUCACGCUUCUGCAGAUGUCCAUCAAGUUCACGAACGAACCGCCACAGGGUCUUAAGGCAGGGCUGAAGAGGACCUACGGAGGUAUAAACCAGGAUCUUUUGGAUAUCAGUAACAUGGUGCAGUGGAAGCCGAUGCUCUAUGGAGUAGCGUUUCUCCACAGCACAGUGCAGGAGAGGAGGAAGUACGGCCCUCUGGGAUGGAACAUCCCCUAUGAGUUCAACCAGGCUGACUUCAAUGCCACCGUCCAGUUUGUUCAGAACCAUCUUGAUGACAUGGACAUUAAAAAGGGUGUGUCGUGGAACACAGUGAGAUAUAUGAUCGGUGAGAUUCAGUACGGUGGCCGUGUGACUGAUGACUACGACAAGCGCCUCCUGAACACCUUUGCCAAGGUGUGGUUCAGUGAGGACAUGUUUGGACCUACCUUCGCCUUCUACAAAGGCUACAGCAUCCCCAAAUGCUCCAAUGUCGACCAAUAUCUAACGUACAUCCAGGGUCUUCCAGCCUAUGACACCCCAGAGGUGUUUGGUCUCCACCCGAACGCAGACAUCACCUUCCAGAGUAAACUGGCCAAAGACGUGCUGGACACCAUCCUCAGCAUUCAACCAAAAGACAGCUCAUCAGGUGGAGGAGAAACCAGAGAGGCUGCAGUGUCCAGGCUGGCUGACGACAUGUUGGAGAAACUGCCUCCUGACUACGUACCUUUUGAAGUAAGAGAGCAUCUCCAGAAGAUGGGUCCUUUUAAGCCCAUGAACAUCUUCCUGCGUCAGGAGAUCGACCGGAUGCAGAGGGUCAUAGUUCUGGUCCGAAACACUCUGACGGAUCUCAAGCUGGCCAUCGAUGGAACCAUCAUCAUGAGUGAGAACCUGCGGGACGCCCUUGACUGCAUGUACGAUGCACGCAUUCCUGCACGCUGGAAAAAGGCAUCGUGGGCAUCCAGCACCCUGGGGUUCUGGUUCACAGAGUUGCUUGAGCGGAACCGGCAGUUUCAGGCUUGGAUCUUUGAAGGGCGGCCCAACUGCUUCUGGAUGACAGGCUUCUUCAACCCGCAGGGCUUCCUGACAGCCAUGAGACAGGUACACACGGCAUCAGGCUACCUACCUAUUUACCCACCGCCGGGGAUGAGACCAGAUGGCACACAGAGGGAGAAGCAGGCACACAGCCACACAGGCGAACGCACACGCAUGCACACGCACACAGACACG